UCCAUUUAAGAAAAAGGCGAGAGAUGCUCUGGUGGAGCAUUUGAGUCUUAUGAACCCCGAAAGGAGCUUCUCGGACGUCACAGCGUAUGCAGGCCAGAAACUCCACGAGCUGUACGAUGACAAUAUGUUGGAGUUUCGAGUGUUUUUCUACACACUCAAAACGGCACCGUCUCGUGGCAUUGACUGGCGUAUGCCGCAACCUCCGUCGGGCGGUCAGCAUCCGGGAAGGGGUGGAGGAGGAGACGAAGGAGACGGCGGAGGUGACGGAGGAGAUGGCUCACAAUUUGCCGGAAAAGGGGUCGGGCGAAACAUCGUCAGGAGAAAAGGCGUCCAGUGGAAAGGGGUCAGGCGGAAAGGGGUCGGACGGAAAGGGGUCUGUUGGAAAGGGGUCGGGCGGGAAGGGGUCGGGCGGGAAGGGGUCGGGCAGGAAGGGGUCGGGCAGAAAGCGUAGAAUGUCCGGGAGUCCCCAGUACAGGGAAACUGAUAGCCAGUGCGUAGGGAGUCGAGAUUCCGACAUGCGAGACGUGGCCACCCUGAGGUCUAAUCAAGUGCGAGUAGAUUCGCUCUUGUCUGCGAGGACUUUGUUUCCCGAUGCCGAUGACAGUCUGUCCCGUCGUGCGCAGCAGAGGUCUCCUGUGCACAACACCUUGCUCCUGGAAGAGGGCGAACGUCUGCAGCAUACGGCAACAUCUCCUGAGCGGGGAAACCAUUCCUUGAUAGGAACUGCAUCUUCGUUUUGCCUGGAGGGCGGGAUGCCUGCAUUGCGAAGGAGCGAAGGUGCGACCGCCAGUUCCCUCAGCUCGGGCGAGCGCCACAAACUCCGAAUAGAUUCGGAGUUGCUGACGUCGCCCUUGAGGCCUUCCGCCAGAAGUGCUCCUCACGCUACAUUUCCGCGGGGCCAAGAAAAUGUGACGUCCUGCCGCCCGCAUCUUCAAUUGGGCACAAGGUUUCCCUGCUCAGCUCCGUUCUCAUAUGUUGAGACUCGAGACUGGCGGUCUCGCGACGUGCUGGAGGGGCCCGUUGCAGGAGUGUUGGAGACCGGGGGUGGCGACUACGAACGUCAUGCUUCGGAGAGUGUAUCAGUCGACGUUGACAGCAAGAGUACAGCGGCUCCUAGGGAAGAAGAGCGCUCUCCGGGAGCACAUGCUGUACAGCGGGAAGAGGAGACUCAACAGUGGCAGUCUCGCAAAGUGUUGGAGACCGGGGGUAGCGAGUACGAACGUCAUGUUUCGGAGGGUGCGUCCGUGGACACUGACAGCAAGAGUACAGCAGCUCCGGGGGAAAUGCAUACUCUGCAGCGGGAAGAGGAGACUCAACACUGGCCGGCUCGCGAAGUCGUGAAGGGGCUCGACGCAAGAGUGCUAUUGAUCGGGACGUCCGAAGAGGUUCUGCACAGUCGUUCGGCUGUGGCCACAACGCGAGAGGGUGUCGUUAAGGUAGGUCAGUGGACGUUCGUGGAAGCUCGCCUUCUUGGCGAUGAGGAAGGCAAAGAAGAACCCGUGGUGGAAGCUCGGGUUCAUGGCGAUGAGAAAGGCGGAGAACCCGUGGUAGAAGGCGGUGAGGUGAUGGUCGGCAUCCAUAUGAGGUUCUGCACAGUCGUUCGGCUGUGGCCACAACGCGAGAGGGUGUCGGUAAGGGAGGUCAGUGGACGUUCAUGGAAGCUCACCUUCUUGGCAAUGAGGAAGGCGAAGAAGAACCCGUGGUGGAAGCUCGGGUUCAUGGCGAUGAGAAAGGCGGAGAACCCGUGGUGGAAGGCGGUGAGGUGACGGUCGGCAUCCAGAUGGAUCCACAGCAGAAAGAUGACGAUUCUUCGCCCACCCGUUGCGAUGAAGAACAGGA